CGUGCAUCGAGCGAGUCGUACGCGUUGGUGUGUGCUCCAAAAUAACUCACUUUUCUCAGGACUGACUCUCUUGCUUGGAUUAAUAUGGUUUUCGAAGUGUCGCACUAAACAUUGAUUUCUUUAUGUUUACCCACAAAUGCUGGGAUAUACUUCCUACAGGGACUGGACAGGACCGGGGUCUGGUGCCCAGCAGCAGUUAUCGGUCGUGACCACGGUGUGGGGAGUGAGCACCACGACGCAGUCGGGUCCCCACGGGGGCGCCUACACGGGUGGCCCGACACCCAACGCAAACCCCAGCUACCUUGGAGGACAAGCCGCCACGGGAAAGGUGCAACAAGGAGGCUACCAAGGGGGAUACAGGCAGAACAUACCUCCAGGAGGUUAUGGUGCAAGUAAUGUUAUGAAUGGUGGUGACCAAGGUUACGGAAGCGGAAACGCAUUGAGUACCGCAGCAAUGGUAGCCGCAGCCACGGCUACAGCCACAGCCACCGCCAGCGUGGUGGCGUUACAAGACAAUUCGCAAUUUAACAAUCAACAAUACCAGCAGGGCUAUCCGCAGCGCAUGAUGGGUAUGAACGGAAUGAACGGCAUGAACCCAAUGAAUAUGAAUAUGGGUGGAAUGCACAAUAAUAUGAUGAGCAAUAUGGGGCCUAAAAUGGGCAUGCAAGGCCCAGGACCAAAUUCAAAUUCUAUGUACCCCAGAAGGAUGACCCCUUACCCUUCGCCUGCGAUGCACAUGAAUCAAAAAAGCCGUUCGCAGCAAAAUUACACCAAUACGUGCCCCACCAUGAAUCCCAAUAUGAACCCAAUGAAUCCUUCCAUGAAUCCCAAUAUUAAUCCAAAUUUAAAUCCCUCUAUGAAUCCUAAUAUGAACCCUUCAAUGAAUCCUUCGAUGAACCCCAACAUGAACCCCAAUAUGAAUCCCAACAUGGCUGCAUCGAUGAAUCCUAAUUUUAACCCCAACAGUCAAUACCCUUACAACAAUACGAGGCAGCCGAACUUCAACCAGUACCCCUCACAACAAUCGCUGGGUCCUUCAAACAACUUCGCGCCUAACAAUAUGAUGUCCAUGGGCAACCCCAGGCAAUUGAGGCAGGCUACUCCUCCGUUCACAAACCAAGGACAAUAUUUCAACGGCGGUUCGAUGAAUCAAUUCCCUACUAACAAUUCUGGCCAGUACAACAUGAAUAGUAACACAAACGGUACGAACCAAUACGGUAACAGUUCCUCAGGACAAUUCCAGCAAGAUGUAACGAUGAGAAAUAACAUGAGUUAUCAACACAGCCCCAUUCCGGGCAAUCCUACACCUCCUCUCACUCCGGCCAGCAGUAUGCCGCCUUACAUCAGUCCGAAUCCAGACGUCAAGCCCAAUUUCAACGAUAUGAAACCACCUUUACCUUUGCAAAAUGAUGAAUUGAGGCUAACCUUCCCAGUACGAGACGGCAUAAUCCUACCACCGUUCCGGCUCGAACACAACCUAGCAGUCAGCAACCACGUAUUUCAGCUAAAACCAACGGUGCAUCAGACUUUAAUGUGGCGGCAGGAUUUGGAGUUGCAGCUCAAGUGCUUCCAUCACGAAGACAGGCAAAUGAACACCAAUUGGCCGGCGUCCGUUCAAGUCUCGGUGAACGCCACGCCGCUGAUGAUCGAUAGGGGGGAGAAUAAGACAUCGCACAAGCCUUUGUACUUGAAGGACGUGUGCCAGCCGGGCAGGAAUACCAUACAAAUCACCGUGUCGGCCUGCUGUUGCUCGCACCUGUUCGUGCUGCAACUCGUCCACAGGCCGAGCGUGCGGUCGGUGCUGCAAGGCCUUCUGCGGAAACGGCUGCUCACGGCCGAUCAUUGCAUCGCCAAAAUCAAGAGGAACUUCAGCAAUACCGGCGCGUCUAACAACGGGGCCGGCGAUAGGGACGCCGUCGAGCAAACCUCGCUCAAAGUGUCGGUCAAAUGUCCGAUAACGUUCAAAAGGAUAACGCUGCCGGCCAGGGGACACGAGUGCAAGCACAUACAAUGUUUCGAUCUGGAGUCUUACCUACAAUUGAACUGCGAAAGGGGUGCCUGGCGGUGUCCUGUGUGCAAUAAACCUGCGCAAUUAGAAGGCUUGGAAGUCGACCAGUACAUGUGGGGCAUCCUCAACACUUUGAGCACUUCAGAAGUGGAGGAAGUUACUAUUGACAGUUCGGCAAAUUGGAAAGCGGCUAAAGGAAACAUGCCAGGAAUUAAGAUGGAGGACGAAGGCAACGAUUCUUGCAGCGCCAGUAAACGCAAUAAGGCGAUGUCGCCGGGCAGCAUGACAUUACCGACCAUGAACAACUGGGAUAUGCAAGCCAUGUCGCCCUACCUACCUCCGGACAUGAACAGCAUCGCCAGCGGCUCGAUGAUGAACGGCGGCGGCUCGGCGGGCUACAGCAAUUCGUACUCGAGCAACAACGACUACUUGGGCGGCAACGGCCCAUUGUCGCACCUCAGCGAAUCUGUGAAUUCGCUGGACCCACUCAACGCGAUGGAGAAAAGUCUCAACGAACAGAUGCCUCAUACGCCUCACACGCCGCACACUCCUCACACGCCGCACACGCCCGGCGGCGGCACGCCCGGAUCGGCGCACACGCCCGGAGGCGGAACGACGGGCCCGCCGAGCGUUCCGCCGCCGUCGGAUUCUCACAACACCAGCAACGGUUCCACCAACGGUACUUCCAACGGCAGCAAUUCGAACGGCGCCGCGAACAACGACAGCUCGAUCUCGGAAAUACCCUCGGAUCUCAACUUCGACCCGGCAGCGGUCAUCGACGGAGAGGGAACUGGACAGGAGGCGUUGAAUUUACUGCCCGAUAGCGUCGAUCCAAUGGAACUACUGUCCUAUUUGGAUCCGCCGGAUUUGAAUACGCCGCCGUCGAGCGGCAGCAGUUCCGGUCCCGCCAACACGUCCACGAACGACGACAUUCUGGCCCUUUUCGAAUGAACCCCCAUAAGUAACGGUUAAUGCCAAUGCGGAGUAUGUUUUUGCGAAGGCCCCUUCGAUUCCAGAUCGCAAUGUUGUAAACGCCGCUCGAAUGUUGCUGGUGUGGUUUUUGGAAAAAUGUAUUCCAUUGCUGUAUAGUUACUCCGGCGCGUCGGUUUCGGUACACAAUCUUGGAUGUAUUUCAUGGAAAUUUUAUUUACGAAAGGAUUUUUUUUUGAUAAUCAUUUUGGUGUUUGUGUGUAUCGAAAAAGAUCCGCCGGGUUAACUAUUUGUAAACUGAGUUAGAGAGAAACUGCGUGACCCGUUCGUUUAAAAAGAACGCCGGAUUCCUAAUUUACGAUAAAAUGGCGUUUCGGUUCGAUCUCGCGUUAUUGGUUUACAAUGCAAAGUGAUUAGUCUCUCAUUCGACGUGUUCCCUUAUCUUUCUUUCUCAUUGCUCCGCGGGACAAUGUGAGUGAAACAGUGUGAUAAUCCUAAGGACGAUGAAUAAUGUUUAUCGUAUGUUAGAGUAUUUGAUGAAAAAAAGGUCUAAAUCAAAUUUAUAUUGUAUAAUUUGUACAUAAUGUUGAGGAUAAAUUCGCGGCAGAAAGAUUUUAUUCUAUUGGUUCGUAUAGAUGAAUGAGAAUUGGACAUUUUUAGGGAAAUGUUGCUGUUUUUCGUCGGACUAUUGGAUAAAUUAAAUGAAUCGUUUCAGUAUUUGAAAAUAACGCCUUUCACUUCGACUAAAGAAGCUAUAUUGAUGUAUUUUAUAUUAAAAUUUAUUAGUACGUUUAUGAUUAUUAUAAAAUUAUUGAAAUUGCAAAUUGCCGACAGCACAUUUAUUCUAAAAAUCGCUUAAAAAUCGAAAAUACUUGAUUUAGAGGGAUCGUUUCACAAUAUUUGUGAAAUUCGUUUCCUAAACGGUAUUUUAAGAAAAUGUUUUUACAGACGCGUGCAUGUACGAUCGAUUAUAUUACAUAAUAUUUUUCUUUUAUCAUUUUGUAAGUAUUAAAACGUGUCAAUGAAAUAGUAAUAUCGGGUACUUACUAGCUUAAAGUCAAUACAAAAUGGCCUGUUAUACAGUUUUUUUUAAUCUCUGCUCGAAACAAAUACGUUCACAGGGGAAAAUUGGGAUAUAAUAUAUUUUUGGAUAUUAGAAAUUUUUAUUGAAUAAAAUUUAAAUAAAACAUUGCCAGUAUUUGGAGCUAUUAUGGAUUAUUACAUGAUUAUAAUGCUUAAUUUGAUUUUAUGUAUUAAUUAUGAAAUUGCGAAGAGUGUUUUGUGUUUCUAAGCUCUUCCUAAAUUACAACUUCCAAAAUAGAGUUAAAAAUUUAAAAGUUUAAAAACACAGUUUAGUUUGUAUUCAAAAUUAAUUGCACAUUCUUCAUUUACUUCCGCAGGUAGGUAUUCUUCGAAUCUUCUUACCAUAUUUCUUUGAAAUUGGCUUUAAUUUUUAGAGUCUCUCUGGCUCUUAAUCUUCAUUUAUAAUUUUCGUAAUUUAUCAUUAUUUGUACGUUGUAAUCCUGUUUAAUUGAAUAUCUUCUUCACUCAAUUCGCUUAAUAAUUAUGCAGCAUUAAUAAUCUACUUAGUCCAUAAAUUCAGCUUAAGUUCGAAAAGUUAAAAUCGCAGAGGUACCACUUUAUACAAAUAUCAAUUUUUUUAUAAUCGCAACCAAUGGAAUAAAACAACCAGUUAAAUUCAAUAAACGAAAACGGCCAGUUUAAUAUAUUAUAUAAAAUAUAGUAUUAAUAAUUAAAACAAAAAUAUAGUUAUAGUAGAAAAUUUGGAACCAAAAUUUAGGUACCUACAUUUUAGGACUGUUCUCGGUCAUUUUUUGCAUCUCAAUGUGCAUAGGCUUCUUGUAUUAUUACGCUGUAAAGAAUUCUGUGAACCUUUUAUAAUAAGUCGGACAUGACACCUUAAGGAAGCAAAAUGCAGGGCUGCCUUCAGCAUUUUUGUCUACCUUCUCAGAUUUAUUUUUACAAAUAUAAAAUUCCCAAAUCGUAAUAACAAUAAUUUUUUAUGGAUGCAAUUGUCAGUUUGUAUUAAUACACAACAUUCCUGAACUUAGUAAUAACUGUUAAAUCAAGCAUUUGAGGUAGGUAUAUAAUAAUUCUGAGGGUGGCCUGAAGUUGUUUUGUAAGUAGCUUAAAUUUUAAACACAAACACCACAUAUAAUAUUUUUUAAAAAGAACUCUGACAAGACUGUGAUAUGAAGUUUAAGUGUAAGUAAUUUUAACAUAUUCAAUUAUUGUAUAUUAAACUAAUGAUUAAAAUUAGCGAAAAAAAUAUUAUGUUAUAUAGUGGACUUUGUGUAAAAUAUCGUUUAAAAUUCGAUGUGAUAGAAAAAUAUAUUUUUGGUGAAAAUUUGAUAGCGUUUUAUUUAUAUUUGAGGGGGGAUUUGUAAUCAUUUAGAUUGAAAAUCUUGCAGAACGAUUUUGUGUUUUAGAAAUGUCGACAAUCAAAAAUUGAUUUUUAUAAAAUGUCAAUUAGAAAUUUAUUAGAAUUUUAAAUUCGUUACUCUUCUGCAAAUAAAUAAGCUUCAUUUAAAUCGAAAUAAUUACAAAACGUCUCUCGUAUAUGUAAUAUACCUUAAACGUGUCUGUCUGUAAGCACUAUCUGAUGUAUAGGGUCCAAGUUCCUAACAGAAUUAAUAAUUUUUAAAGGUAACUAAUGAGAUAUAAAAUUAAUAUAUACGAGGUUCACAAGAAUUUUUCAUAAUUCUAAAUGCCAAUACAUACAAAUAUUAAAACUAAACUCAUUCUAAAGAAACUUAGACGAAACAUAGAUGUCAAUAAGCUGUAACAUUAUAAGUAGGGAAGGUACAGCUAUUUAUUUAAAGUUUACACACGUUACACGUUUAUUUGCGCCGACAAUCCAUUGGUAUUACAUAUUUCUAUAUUUAAUAACAUCGGGAUAGCAGGAAUAGUUUUACCAAAGGAAUUAUCUGUGUAAUAUUUACAUAUUACCACUGCAGUUGCUUCCAAAUGUAAACUUUUCAUAAAUAAAAACGGUAUAAAAAUACGCCAAUAAUUUUUUCCGUUUCAACGCUAUUCAGGAUUUGGGAUAAAAUUACUUUAUUGUAUUAAAUUAAUGGUACUUUAUAUAUUUAAUUUUUUAAAUACUUUGUUAUUAUGUAUUGCACACCCAACACCCUUCUAGAGCAAUAAUGUUGUCAAAUUAUGUAAUAACAUCGUUUGGUACACGUGGACCAAUUAAAAAAUGAUAAUAAAAUAGUAAUAAUUAAAUUCAUUUUUACAUAAUGGAUUUAACUAAUACGUGUUAUUAUCACAAUUCAAUUAUACAUUUAACUCGGGGAGUGUGAAGUGACAUUGGCUCAAAAUUACGUGAUAAAAUCUAUGGUUUUUUAAAAUUUGAUUCCAAUUAGACCAAAAACGAUUUUCACAUAUCAUUUACUUAUUUUCGGACCAAUAUAAAAUUAAUGUAUUCAUUUUUCAUCUCAUUUUCAAUAUUUUGAACUAAACAAUAGGAAAAAAUUGUGUAAAAUUAUUGGCAUUUUUAUAUUCAUUUUAUAUGAACAAAAAUCCUAAGUAUAUAGAAUAAAUU